CGUGCGGGUCCGGCGGGGCAGCGCUCCCGGCCGGAGCUCGGCCGCUGAUCAGCGCCCUCAUGUUCUCGGCCGGGCUCCUGGGCAACCUCCUGGCGCUGGGGCUGCUCCUGCGCGGCCGCCGCGGGCCCCGGCAGCGCCCGCUCGCGCUGUUCCACGUCCUGGUGCUGGCCCUGGUGGUCACCGACCUGCUGGGCACCUGCUCUGUCAGCCCCUUGGUGCUGGCCUCCUACCACCGCAACCGCACCCUCACCACCCUGGCCCGCGGAGGGCACAUCUGCCUCUACUUCGGCUUCGCCAUGAGCUUCUUCGGCCUCGCCACCAUGCUCAUCCUCUUCACCAUGGCGCUGGAGCGCUGCCUGGCCCUGGGGCGGCCGUACUUCUACGAGCGCUUCCUGAGCCCCCGCACGGGCCUGGUGGCCCUGCCGGCCAUCUACACCUUCUCGGCCGCCUUCUGCUCGCUGCCGCUGUUGGGCUUCGGCCGCUACGUCCAGUACUGCCCGGGCACCUGGUGCUUCAUCCAGAUGCACCUGGAUUCCCACCAGAGCAAUGGGGAGGUGGCGGGGCUGAACGUCACCUUCUCGCUCCUCUACGCCACCCUGCUCCUCUUCCUCAUCCUCGCCGUGCUGCUCUGCAACCUGAGCGUCAUCGUGAACCUGGCCCGCAUGCACCGCCGCGGGCAGAGGACCCGCCGGGUGACCACCCUGGAGCAGCCCCGUGUGGCCACCGGCUGCGGCCGGCGCACGUUCUCCAUGGCCGAGGAGAUCGACCACCUCCUGCUGCUCUCCAUCAUGACCAUCACCUUCGUCAUCUGCUCGCUGCCCUUCACGAUCCGUGCCUACGUGAACAAGUUCAGCGGGGAAGAGGCCGACCACGAGUGGGACCUGCUGGCCCUGCGCUUCCUGUCCAUCAAUUCCAUCGUGGAUCCCUGGGUCUUCGCCAUCCUGCGGCCGCCGUUGCUGCGCCUGCUGCGCUCGGUGCUGUGCUGCCAGGUGACCGCCACGGCCCCGCACGGCCGCGCUGCGGCCCCCGCCGUGGCAAAGCUGGCCGCACGGCUGGACCUCUGCGGGCAGCUCCAGGAGAAUCCUGCCUCCUGACAGGUGCUCUGCCUUAGGGCCCAUGAAGAGACGUGUCUGCUGCAGCCUGGGCCGGGUGGGGGUGGCUCAGGUGGCACCUGGGAAGCCCCUGGAAAGCCAUUAUGGCCUCUCGCAGGGACAAAAAUGCAGCGGGACAAGGUUGGAAGGGCUGCUGAGUCCCUGGGUGCUGCUGUCACCCUCAGGGCUGAUCCCACCUGGAGAAUGGUUCAGCCCUGCUGGGAAGGGUCGGUGGUGAAGCAUGAGGGGUUUGCUAUCAGCCCACAGCUGGGAGGAUGUUGGGAAGCAGAGAUUCCUGCUGGUGGGCUUCCCAGCCAGGUCUCCGUGGUUGUUUGGGAUGCAGGCAGGGCUACGGCUCCUGGAGGUGGGGCUGGGUGGCUGCAAACACCCGACAGUGUCCCCAGAUCCAUAAGGAUUGGGAAGGAGAGGAAGGGAGCAGUUUAUCCUCAAAUAUUCCCCCCUUUUUUAGGCUGGUUGCCUGAAGAAAUGCACUUUUUCAGGGGCAGGUCUGUGUGCUCGUGUCUGUCUGUCUGUCCCACACCCCUGAGAUUUUAGGCACUGGUGGGUCUCUGAGGGGCACCAAGGUACUAAAAAAGCCAAAUUUUGGCACUUCCCUGGCGCUGUGAUGGAGUAGAGCAGCCCCUCCUCAGCACCCGUUUGGAAAUUCCCUUUGUCCCAUGAUUUUUGCAAGAGCCAAGGAAGGGAAUAAAGAGCCUGACCAGGGAAUGGUCACAGCCAUGAGCUUCACCCACACCCAGGGUGGUGCUGCUGGUGGGGUUUCGGUUUGUCCUUGAGUGGGACAAAUGUUUAUUUAAAAUAAACCCCCCCCCAAAAAAUCCAUAAAAGCAAAAAAACCAAGGGCAAAACCAUCCAGCUCAUCAAUCCUGCCGCGUUGGGCAGCAUCCUUCAACACCACUCCUUUGUUUUCUGGGAUGCUUUGGGACUCCAGGCUGGUUCCUGCUGGGAUGAGGAGCGUCCGACUCCGCAUCCCAAGGCCACCACUGCCAUUAGGAAUUUUCUGGUGGCUCCCAUCUGAGCAGCAUCCAACGCACCCAGCGGCGUUUGUGCAAUUCCAAGUGGGGAGUCUCAUUUGGGAGCUGCAGCUCUGCUCAGGGAGCCCGAAGGUGCCGAGAUUUGGGGCUUUUCCGUGGUCUGUGAGUGGAGGUGAUGUAAAAAGAAAGAGUUGUAAUUUAAAUAAUAAAUGUCUCUCAAAGGA